AUGUCUUGCCCCGCUGAUUCGGUUGUAUGUUUGUUUGGAGAAAUAAAUCGUCUAUUUCUAUUGUCUACUGUUGUAUUCUGGUCAACUCGACGAGUGUUGGUGGAGGCUGCGAUCGUGAGUGUCUUAUCGAAGUUGUUGCCUUGGGCAUAGUUAGUCGUUUGUCAUUGUGUUCGUAUAUGGUUUGGGAUCUUACGUUAGGAAGAACUAGAAUAGGGACCCCUUAUACACGUGCUCUAACUCAGCUCGUGACAUGGCGACCACGGCAGGAUGCGAGCCAAAAAUCGUCUUUUAAAUUAACCCUACGUUCGCUAAUUAUGCCUUUUUAUUGACAAAUUGACAAGACCGUUUCCAAUCCUUUGUUUGCUCACAUGGCGCACACUCUUAUCAAGAAUAUGAAUCCACAAUUAGGAGGUCCUCAACGCCCCUUUUUACCUUGUUAUUACUUCGAGAAUGUCAAACUGGACUCUGUUUUAGAGACCUAAAUGGAUGGGCGAGAUACGACGCUGGUUUCUGAUUGUGGUUACUUUGGGUGUUUUCUACUGGUUAUGUUACGUUCAUUACACCAGCCUUACGUACGUAAAUGGAAGGUUUUAUAACGGUAAGUUGAGUGAUAACACAAGGAAGUUUCUUGUUUGUUUUCGAGGUUUUUUUGCAAGCAAGUGUCAGAUUUUCUUUAAAAUUUGGACAAAAGCCGGGCCUGGGUGACUUGUCUAUUUCAAAAAGUUUUAGCCUGAGCUUUCUAGAGGCGGUUAAAAUAUUUCAUGUAUUCUGUCGAAAGCGUAUGCGAAAUGCGAGGGUGGUCAGAGAAAACCCACUUUUUAGCCGUAUCUCCGCAAAUUCUACGCGGAAAACUUGAUUUUUUUGUAGAACUGCUACCCUCAAAUAAGGAAAAAAAUUUUUAUUUGUUCUAUGUAGGCUAGGCCUAUUUAAUUAAAAAAAUUUCAACCUAAACGGCAAUGAUAAUCUUGUUGUUUCAGAGUACCUCUCCAACUUCAAAAAGCAUAAAAAUGUGGCUCACCUCAACUGCUCACGAUAUUUCAGACCCAAUUCGUCGGAAAUGAGGUCCUACCAGAGAAUUGGAGUGCUUGAUCCAGAAGAAUUGUCGAUGGAUUGUCAAGAGAUUAGACGACGGAGGACCUUUGCUUCUAACGUAUAUCCUGAGGAAGUUGGGUUCGAGCUGGCGAUAGUCAAGGCUGUUUAUAAAGUGAGUUUUGAGGUCUAGAGGUAGUCAUCAAAUUUAGAGCGUUCAGGUUUUUUAUAAGAUUUUUGAAUCGAAUUCUGAUCUAACGCUAGCUUAACAAAACUUUAGCCUUCAAAUUGAAGUGUUGGAGGCCUCUUUUUCAUCGCAUCUACGUUCGUUUCAGGACUACAUUUUCCAUGAAUCCGAGAUCUCCGCUAUUUACAGUCCCAACAAUUUUUACUGUUAUGUCCUGGACAGUAAAGCCGACAAAUUAUUCAAGACUCGUUUAAGAUCCUUGGCCAGUUGCUUUGAGAAUUUUAUAGUCCCGGAUAUGGAAUUUGACAUGACCUCUGACGGAACGAAUAUAAUUCCCGCGCAACAUCAUUGUCUGGAGUUGUUGUUAUCCAAGAAAUGGGAGUACGUAUUCAUGCUUGAGGUAGGCCGAGUAUUACUUUUAACAUAGUAUUUUGUGAGCUUUAGAACAACGACAUGAUGAUAAAAACAAAUCGAGAGCUAGUCAAGAUUCUGAGACUUUAUGAUGGUGCUAAUGAUGUGAGUGCAAGCAGUUUGAAAAGGCUAACACAACGUCGCGUAAAGUAUGCGAAAGAAAUGGAUUUGAGUUUGAAGAAUUUACGGAUCUUUAGAGAUGGUGAGUUCUACUUCCUUUAUAAGAAAGCCAAAAAGCAAAAAAUUAUAAAUUUUAUCCCUCCGGGAUAACCGUUCAACAUCUCCGAUGUCGCUGAAAAAAUGCGAACUAAAUAAUACUUUCUGGAAAUGAUUUCCAGCUUGUCCAAACACGAAAACUUUUCUUGUUAUACGUUUUUUGUCUCGAUGUAGCGCAAGAUUCAUAAAAAUGCGGAAUUUGUAACGACUGUUUAAGCCGUUAUAAAAUCAAGUCAAAAUUUUCAAAUUGAUCCUUUUAUACGCGACUUUAGCCUAUAUUUUUUAGUUUAUUCUUACAGAACAUUUAAAUUUAUAGUAUUCACAGAUGUUUUCAGUCACAAAUCUUAAUGUUUUUUUACAUUAAUCACUAUGUACUUGCUGUGCCUACCAUAACGUAUUAUUUGUACUUUUUAGCCUCUCUGAACCUUCCAAAUGUUAGUCUGAAGCCGAUCAAGAGUCUGACUCAAUCAACUUUUUCCUACGCAGCCGUUCAUUACAUGUUCAAUGCCCUCAACUUGGAAGUAUUCAAGAAUAUCACGAACCAAGGGCGUUUUACUCAAGAAUUAUUUGUUGCCACUUUGAAUGCGAAUGAAGUGCUGAAAAUUCCCGGAGGCUUUACAGAGAAAUGUCGGGAUACGACGGCUGCAAUGACAAGGUGAGACUAAAUCUAUGACACGGUUACUGGGCGAGCCGUUUUGGAAUUUCCAAGAUGGGAUAGGCAAAAACAAAGUGCUUAGUGGGUCGCCGAUCUUCUUUUUGCUAUUGUCUUGCCAAGGCGUAGGGUGCGACAAGAGAAAACAAUGGCUGUGAUUAAUAUAGUAAUCUUAUAAUCCAUAAACACCCAUGUUUUUCCGGUUUAAGUUUUUUGGCCACAUGAAGAUAAGAGCUCCAAUUUUAUCAAAGAAGAAGCAGCUGUUUCAUCAAAAUCUGCAAGUAUACUAGCAUAGAAAUUCUAAAAUCUUUUGAAGGCCAUGUAAAGUCCCGCCUUUGUCAUUCCCGACCUUUGAGACAUGGAUUUCUGCUAAUCCUAGUAUCGAAAACUUUUUUAUCUGUAUAUAAUCAAAGACGUUCUGUUUUCUAUUAUAAAUUUUAUCUAGACUACAUUGCAAGACCACAAAUUUUCGAUAACUGAACAUUUUUCUUUGGAUCCCAUAAUAGACUCAAACUCUGAAUGAUAAAGGAUCUCUUUAUUACUCCACAUUCUCCAACGUCUAAACAAGAGUUCCUCCCCAGAACCUCAAUAAAUCAUUCUUUUUUGUUAAUGAAAUCACCUGUCAAGGCCCCAGACCAUACCUCCUCUAUUAUACAUAAUAUUUCAGAUUUACCAAAUGGCGAGAGCGCCGCGGAUGUCGCAGUCGAAAAAUGCGUCAUCAAAUUUGCAUAUUGGACAUGAACGAUCUCCAUGAAAUGGCCAGAAGCCCCAGAUUUACGGCCAAUAAAAUGCUGCAGGAGUUUGAUUUCGGAGGGAUCAGCUGCUGGCAUGAAUACAUUUACAAUCGACAGCAUUCCUCUCAAGAGCUGAGGAUCAACGAGGCCAUCUACUUAAAUGUACCUCAUGUGAAAUAUCAUCGGCUAAAGAAGAAGGGAACGUUGAGAUCAGGCCAACAUUUUAAUUGUUCUCUUCUAAAGGAGCGAACGGCAUAAUGUCAUAAUUUAUUGGUUGGUGUAUUAUGGGUAUUUGUUGUAAUUUCAAGCUUUGUUUUUACGAAAAAUAAAAGUUUUAAAAGAAUUUGUUAUGCUAAAGGUUUCUUGCUGCAUCUCUUUAACGAAAUCCAAACGUACCAUACGUUAUAACAAAGUAUUGUGUUGUGGCUAACGGUAAGACACAUAUGAAAGCCUAUGUCCUACAGUACGAUACAAGCAAAAUUCACAAGCAAAUAUUAGAAAGUUCAGUUUUUUCUGUUGACAUAAACUCAUUCCACAAGACUUUUAAAUUUCAGAUGCACAUUGACAGCUGAAACUCCGAAUUCUUAAAGAAGCGAAAUCCAGCCAGUCCUCUUUGAAACCAACAAACUGUCAGUCCCUUUAUGCUAUGUUAAACAUGAUUUUAGUAACCCUCGUACUUGCCUCGCUUUUACUGAGCUCUGAGGCUAAACACCAUUACACGGCGGACGAGAUCAAGGAUCUCAGAUGCCCGCAAUGCUUGGAAGUUCAGGACGGGGAUUUCUCUGAGUUCUUUGUGGUCUAUGAAUUGUAAGUGCUCGUCAUUCCAAGGCUUAAUAUGCCUAAAUAUACGUUGAUUUAUGUCUCUAUUUUCAGCGGAGAUGCCGAUUACCUAAGCCGGAGUAAGUCUAUGUAAAAUUGGCCAAAUCGUAUUUUACCUACAUACAUACAAGCUAUGAAUCUUAACUAGACAAUUUCAGCCAACAUUGAGAAAGAAAUGGAGCUGGGCGAUAAGUUGUACGCACAAGCAAUGUAUCGUCUUUUUGAGUACCCCGUCUUUAUCAAGGAUGACUUUGAGCCGUUUCUGGUUGAAUGCAACAAUGAAGGGCAGCUGAAAAUGUCUCAGACGUAAGAAUAGACCCAUAGGGGAUGUAGUGAAGACAUGUUUUUACCGCCUCACACAUUUCCCUCUAACUUAAAAGACACUUCGCGAGUUGCUGAAGCAGGCUCAAAUGGGGGUCUGCCCUAGAAUUUGACCCCCACUUUUUUCUGUCUCAACUGAUGACAUAUAGCCUGAUAAACAACUUGGUGAAUUUUUUUCGAAAAAUUCGUCAUCAUGACCGAGAUAUGACAUAUUUAUUGAAUUUUGUCUAAUGUGACAUAUUGUGUUAAUUUAUCGCCGAAACAUCGCAGAACUGAGUACACAUACGUUAUAGGCCAUGCUGAACAACUUUGUAAUUGACCCCAAGUUUGUCAGGUUACUGUAACAUACCGUAACGCCCAUGCUCGAUCAAUAAAUUUCGAUUUUCUCGAUUUUUUUCAAUAAUUUUCUCGGAUUUUUUUUGCAUUUUUGAAAUCAGCAUCAAAUUCUGCAUCGGAUAGGCUAUAUGCGCAUCUCCAGAUAGGUGUACAAAAAUGUCGUGGCGCAACCGGUAGUGGGUCGGACUACCAUUCAAAAGGUCGCUGGUUCGAGUCCGGGUGGAAGCAUAAAUUCUCAAAAGCGCUGGAAAUUGUACCAAAACAGUUUUAAUCUAUUGGACCUGUGGUAAAAAUAAAUAAUAAAUAACAUUGUUCCCUAAAAAGACUAAAUUUUUGAUUUUACGAAAUUUUUGAAAAUCAUGAUUUUUGUGGGCCCAAAUCUGCCGAAAAAAUGAAAAUUUUUUGUAAGCGAUUUUUUUGUUUAGAAACAACGCAUGGCACAUAGAAAGACUAUUCCUCAAAGGAUUUCGUUCAGUUUUGCCCAAAACACCAAAAAAUUUUCGUAUUUUGGUAUUUGACAAAAAAUUGAAGUAAUGACUUUCAGGAGUCCUUACGCCGAAUCGUUUCCAAUUUUAUAGAGCAGUAUUUUGCGCUGCUUUCAAAUAUCUUUCUAAUAGCCGCGGAAAAAUUUCUACAAAAAAUUUUACAUUUGAAAAUUUGUAGAUAUUCACAUAUUUCAUGAUGUUACAGUAUUCAAUCUUGUAAAAUUUGCUAAAAAUUCGACUCCCCAUAGUGGAAAACAUGUGUAUCCACGUUUGAAUGACGUCACUUCGGCUUACUGGGUUCUGGCGGUGCUCUCCGAUUAAAACGAAAAAGUUCAACUUUUUGGUGUUUUGGGCAAAACUGAACGAAAUCCUUUGAGGAAUAGUCUUUCUAUGUGCCAUGCGUUGUUUCUAAACAAAAAAAAUCGCUUACAAAAAAUUUUCAUUUUUUCGGCAGAUUUGGGCCCACAAAAAUCAUGAUUUUCAAAAAUUUCGUAAAAUCAAAAAUUUAGUCUUUUUAGGGAACAAUGUUAUUUAUUAUUUAUUUUUACCACAGGUCCAAUAGAUUAAAACUGUUUUGGUACAAUUUCCAGCGCUUUUGAGAAUUUAUGCUUCCACCCGGACUCGAACCCGGGACCUUUUGAAUGGUAGUCCGACCCACUACCGGUUGCGCCACGACAUUUUUGUACACCUAUCUGGAGAUGCGCAUAUAGCCUAUCCGAUGCAGAAUUUGAUGCUGAUUUCAAAAAUGCAAAAAAAAUCCGAGAAAAUUAUUGAAAAAAAUCGAGAAAAUCGAAAUUUAUUGAUCGAGCAUGGGCGUUACGGUAUGUUACAGUAACCUGACAAACUUGGGGUCAAUUACAAAGUUGUUCAGCAUGGCCUAUAACGUAUGUGUACUCAGUUCUGCGAUGUUUCGGCGAUAAAUUAACACAAUAUGUCACAUUAGACGAAAUUCAAUAAAUAUGUCAUAUCUCGGUCAUGAUGACGAAUUUUUCGAAAAAAAUUCACCAAGUUGUUUAUCAGGCUAUAUGUCAUCAGUUGAGACAGAAAAAAGUGGGGGUCAAAUUCUAGGGCAGACCCUCCUUCCACAACUGGCGAAGUCUCUUUUAAAACACGAUUUCUGAGUGAGUGUAGCAGCCCUUGACAUAGAAAAUUUCGACCUCGGGUUUUUUGCCUUAAUGUGACCGACAUCAUCCUAAAAACUUAUUGGCAAAACGGUUUUGCCUACUUCCGCCGUUAACAUAGUUGUUUUUACAAUUUAUUGUUUAUACAGUAAUCCACAAUAAUUCAGUAAUGACCACACAGAUAUUCAUGAAAUUGUGUAUACUGAUGUUUUCGAAGUCGUAAAUUUCAAAAAAAGUGGUUUUGACUCAUUAGGAUUACUGUAACAUACCAAACUGCCGAUUCGGCCGCCAAAAAUCGGCCGUAAAAACUUUGUUUCUGAAAACCCACAGCUGAUUUUUACAUAUGUUAAUCAGCAUAAAAUUCUGCCCUAUAAACGUUAAAAAAAAGUCCAAAAAGUGGGGCGGCAUUUUUCAUGGUAUAGUGGUUUUGGGUCAGAACUACCAAUCCAGCGUCCCGAGUUCGAGUCCGCCUGGAUGCAAAAACCAAAAAUAAAGCGUAAAUUAGCUUUGAUGUGGUCUUGGGGUCUGUAUGAGGGAGACUGAAUAAUUUUAGGCAUAGAUGAUACCCCUAUUUGAGAUAAAAAUGGAUUUUAUAUAAUUUUAGAUGAUAAAUUCGCGAAAAAAUAAAACGUUUUCAAAUCGCUUGAAAUUGAUACCAGCUCUUCUAGGAAUAAUUCUAAGAAACUUUUCCGUUAGCUUUUUUUGAUUGCUUACUGUACCAUGGAGUACUGUAACAUUAAACCCGAUUUAGUUUUUCACAUACCACAGAGCGCAGAGACAUCGGACUAUCACUAUAAUGAUAGAAAUGGUUAAGAAUGAGUCGGUUGGAACACCAAAAUGUUUCUAUGGCCGUACGAUUCAAAAGACCUGAGAAAUCUCCCGAAGUUUCACCAAUUAACGAUGAUAUGAAUACACACUGGAAUAGAGAUGGAAUUUUAUUUUAAAUAUGCAGCGCGUAUGGUUUCGACCGUUUAGAAAAGCUAACCAAAAAAAAUCAAAAUUUCAUUUGAAGAAUUUAGAAGAAAACCACGGUUAAGGAAAAAAAGUUUUAUGUUACAGUAUUCCAUGGUACAGUAAGCAAUCAGAAAAAGCUAACGGAAAAGUUUCUUAGAAUUAUUCCUAGAAGAGCUGGUAUCAAUUUCAAAUGAUUUGAAGACGUUUUAUUUUUCACGAAUUUAUCAUCUAAAAUUAUACAAAAUCCAUUUUUAUCUCAAAUAGGGGUAUCAUCUAUGCCUAAAAUUAUUCAGUCUCCCUCAUACAGACCCCAAGACCACAUCAAAGCUAAUUUACGCUUUAUUUUUGGUUUUUGCAUCCAGGCGGACUCGAACUCGGGACGCUGGAUUGGUAGUUCUGACCCAAAACCACUAUACCAUGAAAAAUGCCGCCCCACUUUUUGGACUUUUUUUUAACGUUUAUAGGGCAGAAUUUUAUGCUGAUUAACAUAUGUAAAAAUCAGCUGUGGGUUUUCAGAAACAAAGUUUUUACGGCCGAUUUUUGGCGGCCGAAUCGGCAGUUUGGUAUGUUACAGUAAUCCUAAUUAGUCAAAACCACUUUUUUUGAAAUCUACGAGUUCGAAAACAUCAGUAUACACAAUUUCAUGAAUAUCUGUGUGGUCAUUACUGAAUUAUUGUGGAUUACUGUAUAAACAAUAAAUUGUAAAAACAACUAUGUUAACGGCGGAAGUAGGCAAAACUGUUUUGCCAAUAAGUUUUUAGGAUGAUGUCGGUCACAUUAAGGCAAAAAACCCGAGAUCGAAAUUUUCUAUGUCACGGCCUAACUAAAGGCUGCUUCACUGACUCAGAAAUCGUGUUUUAAAUUGAUUUCAAACGCAAAAAAACAUUUUUUAGAAAAGACAAGAACGGUGAUUUCAAAAUCAUCCCCACAGAUCCAAAUCUCGCACGAAAUCGUUCCGAAUAUUGUUUUGAGACAACCAAACGUGACAUCGACCAGUCAAAGGCCUUCCUCUACAAAGGUUUGUAUGUAACCAGCCCGACUGUCGCUUAUAAUGUGAGCACAAUUUGCACGGGAACCAAGACCAUUGAAAUGAAGCAAUUCUUGAAAGAAGCCAGUAAUUCUGGAGCUACAAUGCCUUCCGAAGAUGAUUUUACGGAGUGCUUCGUAAGUUACACAAAUUUAUUGUAGGUUUAAUUUAUUUAUUCAGGUGUUUGUGAGUCAACAAACCCGGUUUUGCAUAAUUUUUUGGAUUACAAAUGUCUAGUUUGAUAUUCUGAAAGAAAGAAGCCAUUUUAGGAUACAACGAAGAACUUUACUUGCGUUUAUGAUGUGGAUAGUACCGACAAAUUCCACAAAUUGGAAGGCCGUUCCCAUCCGACGUACAUGAGAAAUGGCUUGAUCGUUUAUGCUGGGUGUAAUGGGAAGAGAUGCGCGUAUUUCAUAUAUGAUACGGUUACUGGGUGAGUUCCACAGAGGAGUUCUCAGCUAUUAAUGAAAUUUGAAUAUCGCUAUUGAUGACUAAAUCUUAUUUUAGACUCGACUGGUACUUGCCAGACAGCAUAAAAUUCGCCAAGGAACACCUAAAAGGGAUGCACACAAUCGAUCUGCUGAUCCCUUUGAUCCAACCAACUGAUAAGUUCAUAACCAGCUCCAGAAGAUACCAAAACGAGACUUCUGAUGCCACUGGUACGAAGAAGAUAACAACUACCACAGAGAAGGCGGCUAAAACAACCAAGAAGGAGGAGACCAAAACAGCGGAGAAAACUACAAAAAAGUCGACCGACAAAAGUGGAGCCUUUGAGAUCACUGCAAAUCUUUUUCUCAUCUCCUUUAUGGCCAAAUUGUUGGUGGUUUGA